AAAAAAAAAAAGAAAGAAAAAAACCUCUGGGGCUUUUUAUGGAGUUACUGUGAAGGUAAGACGGAUUUCCACCCUUCUUCACCAGUCAAACCAGUAUCUCUGGAUAGAACAGCCUCAAGUAAAGCAACAGUUUUUACCCUUGUGGUCCCUGAUGGCUUCGCACAGUGAUACUCUGGUGGUGUUCUUUGGGGCAACAGCUGGUGCAAAUGGGGGUAAACUGGGUUCGGAUGAGAGGGAAAUAAUUCUCUUGGUGUGGCAAAUUGUGGAUCUACAUGAGAAAAAGGUUGGGAAGCUUCAUAAAUGUUUUGUCAAGCCAGACACUUUGGAGCUCACAGAUCAGUGUAAAGAAGAAACCGGGCUGACAUUGGAGGACAUUCUUAAUGCCGAUCCUCUGGACAAAGUUCUGCAGCAGUUUCAGCAGUCUGUCUCAUCAGAGGUAAAAUGCCUCGGCAGAAGUUCAUACACACUUUUGGUGAACGGUCCUCUCGUCAUCCGACAGGCCCUUCACCCAGAAGCCUCCAAAAAGAAUCUUGUGCUACCAGAUUGUUUCUUUUCAUUUUUGGACUUGCGAAAAGAGUUUCACAAAUGCUGCCCAAAUGCCGGUGCAACGCAGAAGCUCACACUGGCAUCCAUGUUGGACUAUGUUGGUCUUCCUGCUUUGUCGGAGCAGACGAUCGGUGUGAAGGAGGUUAACAGCAUGGUGCAGCUGAUGCUCUGCAUGCUGGCUGAGCCAUAUAAUCACAAAUUCUCCUGUGUUGAAACGGUGAACUACAAGUUUGACUCCGGUACAUGCAGUAAAACUGAGCCAGUGGACAGUGAGAUGGUGAUCAGAGCAAGGGGGCUGCCAUGGCAGUCCUCAGACCAGGAUAUUGCUCGCUUCUUUAAGGGACUCAAUAUUGCCAAGGGCGGUGUGGCCCUUUGCCUGAAUGCUCAGGGCCGGAGGAACGGAGAAGCUUUGGUUCGUUUCAUCAACUCUGAGCACAGAGACCUGGCUUUGGAGCGCCACAAACAUCACAUGGGCAGCCGAUACAUCGAAGUCUACAAAGCAACAGGAGAGGAAUUUCUCAAGAUUGCUGGAGGGACAUCAAAUGAGGUGGCACAGUUCCUGUCCAAAGAGAACCAGGUGAUUAUACGAAUGCGUGGCUUACCGUUCACAGCCACCACGCAGGAGGUGCUGUCCUUCCUCGGACCUGAAAGUCCCGUCACAGAUGGCGCAGAGGGACUGCUUUUUGUCAAGUAUCCGGACGGACGGCCCACUGGAGAUGCAUUCGUGCUUUUCUCCUGUGAAGAAUACGCUCAGAACGCACUUAAGAAGCACAAACAGAUCCUGGGAAAGCGGUACAUCGAGCUGUUUCGGAGCACUGCAGCAGAGGUGCAACAGGUUCUCAACCGUUAUAUGUCCACACCUCUGAUCUCCACGCUGCCCCCUGCACCCAUCGUACCAGUCUCAGUCCUCCCAACGACCCCCUUCCUGCCAGCGGCCAGCAGCAGCCGCGACUGCGUGCGUCUCCGCGGUCUGCCGUACACCGCCGGCAUCGAAGACAUCCUGGAGUUCAUGGGGGAGCAUACCGCUGACAUCAAACCCCAUGGAGUCCACAUGGUCCUUAACCAGCAGGGCCGACCCUCUGGAGACGCUUUCAUCCAAAUGAAGUCACCUGACAAGGCUUUCUUGGUGGCCCAAAAGUGCCACAAAAAGACGAUGAAGGACCGGUAUGUCGAGGUCUUCCAGUGCUCCACAGAGGAGAUGAGUAUUGUUCUGAUGGGAGGGACCCUGAACCGCAGCGGCCUUUCUCCACCUCCCUGCAAGCUUCCCUGUCUGUCUCCUCCCACAGCCUACGCUGCCUACCCCACUCCUCCAGCCAUCCUCUCUGAGGCUGCCCUGUACCAGCCCCCUUUAUUGGCUGCUCCCAGACCUCAGACCACUGUGCACAGCCCUGCUCACGCUCUGGCCUACUACCCACCUCAGCCACAUCUCUAUAUGAACAUGAACAUGAACUACACUGCUUACUACCCCAGCCCCCCAGUCUCUCCCUCCACAGUCGGAUACUUUGCAGCUCCACCAGGAGCCAUGGCGGCCGCGAGCCUGGCAGCCCAGGCUCACCCUGCUGCAGCCGCUGCCUCCUCUGUGCUGCCUCAGCCAGGUUCGCUGGUCAGGAUGCAGGGUCUACCAUUCAACACGGGAGUGAAAGACAUCCUCAGCUUCUUCCAGGGAUAUCAGUACGCCCCUGACGAGUACAGCGGUGUGGUUCAGAUGAACGAACAGGCCAGGAGUCUGAUUCAGCCCAAAGAAUGGCUCUGCCUUUAGGGACUCACCCCAAGCUCCAACAAGAUGCUGUACUUAUUUUGCAUAACUUUAGUGGUCAGUGCAGCGGCGAGGCCUUGAUCACCUUCCCCAACGAGGACAUUGCACGGCGUGCGGUAGCUGAGCGCUCAAACCAUCCCUUCUACGGCCAGCAAAUCCACCUGGCUUUCUGUAACUGACCGCCGGCCCUCCAUCUCUCCCCACCACGCCAAAUCCUUCAGAAAGUGCUCCAACUCCAGUGUAUUCCAACUCUUUACAGAGCAUCUACCAACCUCUUCCCUCUCUGUAUGACCUGACACUCCAGAGCCUGAAGCAGCGAAACGUUGGGAACAUGACUCUGGGAAGAAGUGGGUCGUAUCCUGGACUGACCAUGCACCCACUCUCUAUAGCCAAACUUACAGAUGCAUGUCUUCUCAUACAAACUGUACAGACCUGUGUCCUGAAAUGCUUGAGGCUGUAAAUAUACAAAUAUACACUGUUUGUCUGGGUGUAUCUGAAAUGCCACUCUUUAACCACCCACAGAAUUUAGACUUUUGUGUUUAUGAAUAUUUUUUGUUAGCUCAGUGAAAAAGGAAAAGCUGUGUGGAGGUUUGGCAUUCAGCCUCCAGUGUUUUAGUUGUGACAUAAGAGAUAAAAGCCAUAUAAGGAAUACUUUAUACUACUGAGAGCAAAGUGAAUUAGUAUGCUAUGAUUUCAGCUAUAACUAGUUUCAGGGACUUAGUUUGUACCACUUAAUAUGUCAGUGUAUGAAUUUUUUUGUUUGAAAGCAUUUGUAUUCUGAUGACCAGCGUGUCCCUUCCAUUGAAGCAUUUUGUAAGCACUACAGAUUCAGCCAUUUGCUCACAAGGGCAGAUAUUAUAAGCUGUGCAUCUUUAGCAUUAUUGCAAUAAAUUUGUUCUAAUUUUAUCGAUGCAGCUUAUUUACAAAAGCAGACAUUUUGUUAAGUGUAAAACAACAUAUGCUUUGCUUCCUGAAAUUUUUUUAUGUAAUGAUCGACUCACAGCUGCUGCUUAUUUAAGAUGAUAGCAACCAGUCUGCAGCACGAUUUAAAUCCUGUGAACAAGCAGUGCCAUGGAAAGCUGCACCAUGCUUUUUGUUUUGUUUUUUGUUUUCUCAGACAAAGGCCUGCAGAAGGUGUCUUAGUUUUCCUCCUUACCAAGUCUACAUUACCCAGAGUGCAAUACAGGCCUAUAGGAGGCAUGAGCUGGGCUCUGGUGGCAGAUGAGUUAUUUGUUUUCUUGCAAGUUCAGGAUGUAUGAAUUUAGAUCUGUGUAUUGAAUGUAAACAAUAAAAAUGUCAACAAAUAGAAACAUAUCAGUUG